AGAUUGCACUGGAUGGGUGGCAAAGACGAUAUAAAGAAUGCGACGGUCCAAGUUUUGGCUAGUAGCCAGAACGUUCGACACCAAAGCAGACCGCCACACACACAUUUGAUACCGAUAACGAUACACCACCGAUAAAAUAAUAAUGCUAACAUUACAAUCGAUCACAGUGGCAUUGACGCUGCUGAUGCUGGCCGAGAUUAGAACGUUGGCCGCCCCAGCACCCGUUCAAGUGAUCUACACCGGUGACGAGGGCUGCGCUUGCCCCACCAAACUGGGCUACCAGUUGAAUGUGCCCAACCCGCCCAAGCCAAAGAAAUACGAGGGCGGCGACUACGGUUAUCGUGUGGAGAAACCCGUGCAGACCAAGGCCAAGAUCAGCUACAGUUUCGAUUUCACUGUGGAGCAACCGCGCACUCCGGUGCCACCCAAAAACAAGCCAUCGAAGCUCUAUGCCAAGGUGGAUCGCAUUGCCGUUCACAAGUCGGAUUGUCGUGCUGCCCAGAAGUCUAGCUGCAGUUGCAGCAGCUGCUCCGCUGACAAGCCAAGGUACGUAACCCCGCAGAUCAAUUCGAGUACGAAUGCGAAUGCGAUUCGUCGUCGUCGCGAUCUCAGCUCACAUGGUUCGUUGUUGCGCAAGCGUUUGAUGCGCCAGCAGCAGCUGCAAUCGCGUCCAGCUCGCUACGUCAAGUACUAUCACAAGGACCUCGAUAUGUCCCCAGAGCAACAGCACAAGAUGCGUCUCUUUGGCCUGCUGCCCGCUGCGGUGCCAGAGAUCGCAGCCAAGCGUAAGACCAAAAAAAGCACCGUGUUGAGUGCCAAGCACAGCAAACGCUGGCCCGGCUUUGGGACGCGUCGCAAGCGCGACAUCAAGGGUGAGUACGAUCUGCUGGAGCAGGAGCGUGCCAAGAUGGAUCUGACGGCGCCCGAGAUCAUCCAGUUCAUGCCCGAGACGCUCAAUCCGAACUUUAAGCGCGGUCAGUGCCAUACAGGAGGCGGUUGUUGUGGUGCCAUCACAGCCAGCGCACCGCCCACCGAACAACCCAACAACGAACAGUCCGAGGCGGAGCAAGCCGAGACGGAUGUGGAGCAACCAUCACUGGUCAACUCGAUACCUGCAAAGCGUUCAGCGCUCAGCUAUUAUCCGGAGCAUCAGAUACCAUCGCCAUUGGCCGGAUCGUACAAUGAGUACAAGUUCGUUGAUGACUCGCAACUGCGUAGCUUGCUGUCGACCACCUCGGUGCCCGAUCCGCUGGAGCAGAGCUCGACGCCGCUGCAAUUUGCCGGCGAUCUGGAAGCGAUCCAUCGGCGCGGCAUUGGCAGCGGUUAUCCGGUGGAGCAUGUGGCGGACACUCAACUCGAUAGCAUCAUCUCGGGCAUUGUGUAUCAGCACCCGGACUACGCUAAUCCCCAGUCGCAUUACGGUGGCUCGCUGGUGGAUCCCGAGCCGGUGCAAAAGAAGCAAACCACCGAUUUUCUCAAGAAACUGAUCGAUGGUCGUCUAGGUGGUUGGGGCUUUGAUACGUCCACCGAACCGGAAUCGGCUGUGCGAGCCGAUUAUUCAACGACGCCAUCGAAGACCUACGGCUUCAAUACUCACUCCCACAACGGGUAUAAUGUGGAAUCGUAUAAUGUGCCGCCGAUAAGCGAUUAUCUGCGUGCCUGGUUCUAGAAUCUCUCUGUGGGAUCCACUUGUAAUAUAAUACUACUAUAGAUAUAUAGUUCUCUAGUUUUAACUAUAAAGAAACCUUUAAAAUACAACCACAAAAAAAAGAGAAAAAAUACGAAACAAAAAAU